CGCUGUCAGGGCAAGGCAGACUGACAGUAUGGCGGCGGGGUGCAGCUGGAAGGAUGCUACUGUCGCCCGUGAUGUGUCUAUCGCCGGUAGGACGUAAAUGGACAAUUAGCGGAAAAAACAGAAGAGGAUUUAGUGAGAAAGGCUUGUCGCCGUGAUCUCCCAAGAUGGCCAGGCUCGCCGACUACUAUCUAGUGGUCACUUACGACCUCGACAAGCGAGCAGAGGGUGAAGGUCAAGGUCGCAUUCUCCAGCGGUUUCCUGAGAAAGACUGGGAGGACAGUCCUUUCCCACAAGGCGUAGAGCUGUUCUGUCAGCCCAGCGGUUGGCAGCUGGUUCCCGAGCGGCAACCUGCUUCCUUCUUUGUAGCGGUUCUGACUGACAUCAACUCUGACCGUCACUACUGUGCCUGCUUUACCUUCUGGGAGGGCCUGGACAACCCACAGCUAAAGAAGGCGGAGGCCGGUGAGGUGGACGAGGCCGAUGAUGAGCUCACUGUCGUCCAACCAGCUCAGGUCUUUGCCCCCAAGAGCCUGGUGCUGGUGUCCCGACUGGACCACACGGAGGUCUUCAGGAACUGUUUGGGUCUGAUCUACACCGUCCAUGUAGAUGGCCUUACUGUCCCCAUGGAAACGGUGGUUGGAAAUCUCCUCACUUGCGUCAUCCCCAUCGCUGGAGGCUCUCAGAGAACCAUAACAUUAGGCGCUGGCGACCGGCAAGUCAUCCAGACUCCCAUCGAUGACGCACUUCCUGUCAGCGGCAGCACCGUGGCACAGCUCUUCAGACAGCUUGGCAUAGUCAACGUGUUGUGUCUGUUCUGCGCCGCCCUGACGGAACACAAGAUCCUGUUCCUGUCCAGCAGCUACCAGAGACUGACCGACGCCUGCCGGGGACUGCUGGCCAUCAUGUUCCCCCUCAAAUACAGCUUUACCUACGUUCCCAUCCUGCCGGGGAAACUGCUGGAGGUCUUGAGCACCCCCACCCCCUUCAUCAUCGGUGUCAAUUCCUUCUUCCGCUCGGAGACACAAGAGCUGCUGGAUGUGAUCAUCGCCGACCUGGACGGCGGCACCGUGACCAUCCCCGAAUGCGUCCACAUCUCCCUGCUGCCCGAGCCGCUCCUCCAGCAGACCCAGACCCUGCUCUCCAUGGUUUUGGAUCCGGAGCUGGAAGUCGCUGAUCACGCCUUCCCCCCGCUCUCAACACAACCCUCCGCGCUUAAGAUCCAGGACAAGGAGAUCCGGGGAGUCUUCCUGUGGCUGUUCGCUCGGCUCUUCCAGGGCUACCGCUGGUGUUUACACAUCAUCCGCAUUCACCCAGAACCGGUGAUCCGCUUCCAUAAGGCGGCCUUCCUGGGUCAGAGGUCGCUGACGGAGGACGACUUCCUGAUGAAGGUGUUGGAUGGCAUGGCGUUCGCAGGCUUCGUGUCGGAGCGAGGGCCUCCCUACAGAGCCGCCGACCUGUUUGAUGACCUGGUGGCCAAUCACGUUGAGCGGAUACGACAAGAGGAGACCUGUCCGCACAAAGUCAUGAACCACGUCAAGGAGCUGGCCGAGCAGCUCUUCAAAAAUGAGAAUCCUUACCCCGUCGUUGCGAUGCACAAAGUGCAACGACCGUCGGAAAACAGCCAGAACAGUGCACAGAGUCAGACGCCGUUCCCCAUGCUGGACGAGGUGACGGUGGAGCUCUUCAUCGACCACGCCGCCGCCAAACUCAAGACAGCGCCUCCUGUGGUUAAGGCGGAGCUUAAGAGCAUGGUGCCGUCUGGGCCUCCGUUGGGAGACACUGUGGACAGGAACGGCAACGUGAUGGCCAACAGCGCCCGCAGGCUGGAGGUGGUCAGGAACUGCAUCACAUACAUCUUCGAGAACAAGAUGCUGGAGGCCAAGAAGUUAAUGCCAGCUGUGCUGCGGGCGUUGAAGGGUCGGGCAGCCCGGGUGUGUUUGACCCAGGAGCUCAAUCAGCACGUCCUGCAGAACCGAGCUGUGCUGGAUGAUCAACAGUUUGACUACAUUGUCCGAAUGAUGAACUGCACCUUACAGGAUUGCUCACAUAUAGAUGAACAUGGUAUAGCAGCUGCCCUCCUCCCGCUGGUCACAGCCUUCUGCAGAAAAAUGGGUGCAGGCAUCACACAGUUUGCCUACAGCUGUGUUCAGGAUCACAUGGUGUGGGCCACCAUGCAGUUCUGGGAGGCCAUGUUCUACAGCGACGUCCAGAACCACAUCAGAGCUCUGUAUCUGGAGACGGAAGAGGGGGAGCAGCAGAACAACCAUGAGGAGCAGGACGCGUUGGGCGACGGGAGGGAAAUCAGCGCCCUAGAGCUGGCGUCAGAGCAGAGCCGGCUGUGGCCCACGCUUAGCAAGGAGAUGCAGACGGAGCGCGUGCAGAAGGAGGAGAGCACGGUGUUCAGCCAGGCCAUCCACUACGCCAACAGGAUGAGCUACCUGCUGCUGCCGCUGGACACCAGCAAGAACCGCCUGCUGAGGAGCACCGGCCUCGUAGACGUGGAGAGCGUCAGCAACAGCUACGUCACAAACAGUAUUGCGGGCAGCAUGGCGGAAAGCUACGACACGGAAAGCGGCUUCGAAGACGCCGAGAGUUCGGACGUGGCAAACUCCGUGGUGCGCUUCAUCAACCGCUUCGUGGACAAAGUGUGCAACGAGAGCGGAGUGACCAACGAGCACCUUAAGGCCCUCCACACCAUGAUACCAGACAUCGUUCAGAUGCACAUCGAGACGCUGGACGCAGUCCACCGGGAGAGCAAGAGACUGCCUCCGAUCCAAAAGCCUAAGCUGCUGAGGCCGACACUUUUGCCCGGUGAGGAGCUGGUAAUGGAAGGCAUGCGGGUCCACUUGAUCCCCGACGGCCGCGAAGAGGCCAUGGGGCUGAUGGGUGGUCCGCCCCUGCUCCCUGCCGAGGGCGCCAUCUUCCUCACCACCUACAGGCUGAUAUUCAAGGGCACGCCCAACGACCCGCUGGUGGGUGAGCAGGUGGUGACCCGCUCGUUCCCCAUCGCCUCUCUGACCAAGGAGAAGAGGAUCUCAGUCUCGUUACCCAUGGACCAAUUUAUCCAGGAGGGGCUCCAGCUACGCUCCUGCACCUUCCAGCUGAUGAAGAUUGCCUUCGACGAGGAGGUUGCGUCUGACCUGGCCGAGGUUUUCCGAAAGCACAUGCACAAGCUGCGCUAUCCUCCGCACGUGCAGGGCACCUUUGCCUUCACAGUGGGUCAAUCCGGGAAGAUGGUGGUGGAGCACAAGACCAAGGACAAGAAUCAGUCGCUCAAGACACUUUCCAAAAACCUAGUGAAGAGUGCCAAAAGGACCAUCGGCCGACAGUAUGUGACCAGGAAGAAAUACUCUCCCCCCACCUGGGAGAACCGGAGCAGCUUCCAGUCGGAGCUGGACGAAGACGAAAUCUCGGUUUCAGAGGAGGUGGACCAGAGCUCCCUCACCCUCUCCUCCACCAUGCGCUCGUCUGACAGGCAGACCAUGAGCAACGUCGUGGAGCGCGCCUGUUGCCGCGACUACCAGCGCCUGGGCUUGGGCACGCUCAGUAACAGCCUGACCCGCUCCAAAAACGAGCCGUUCCGGAUCUCUACCGUCAACCGCAUGUACACCGUCUGCAGGAGCUACCCGGGUCUGCUGAUUGUGCCUCAGAGCAUCCCAGACAUGACCAUUCAGAGAAUCUGCCGCUGCUACCGUCAGAAUCGCUUCCCUGUGGUCUGCUGGAGGAAUCCGCGGACAAAAGGGGUGCUGCUGCGAUCUGCAGGCCUCCAUGCUAAAGGGGUGGUGGGCUUCUUCAAGUCCCCCAACACCCCCGCGUCAGGGCCGUCGCAGGCCGACUCCAUUAGUUUGGAGCAGGAGAAAUACCUCCAGGCCAUCAUCAGCUCCAUGCCUUCUUACAGCGAGAGCAGCGGAAGAAACACACUUAGUGGCUUCACCUCCACUCAUAUGAGCACCUCUGACUCCUCAGACAAGCUGAGGCAGCCAAAGAUCGGCGCUCUGAUGAAGCAGGUCAUGGGCGCCAAGGAGGAAGCCCCCGCAACCUUCAGCAGAGGAGCUCAUGGUCAAAGGGCGAAAGUCAUCUCCCUCUCUCAGCCCAAAGUGUCUGGGAAGGCUAGGAACACUCCUAGAGGUAAAUGGGGCAGCAUCCGGGGCAGCGGGCGCCUGAGUGCUUACAACCCGGACGUGGGAACACGUCUGGCAGGGAAGGAGUCGCCACAGCCCAACGGAGGGCCGAGCGAGGCGCUCUUUCUCCGCCAGCAGAAGGCCUACCUCUACAUCAUCGGAGACAAGGCCCAGCUCAAGGGCGGCAAGCAGGACUCCUUUCAGCAGUGGGAGGUGGUUCCCAUCGAGGUCUGCGAUGUGCGGCAGGUGAAGAACAGCUUCAAGAAACUGAUGAAGGCCUGCGUGCCGAGCUCCUCGACCUCUGAACCCAACAUGAGGUUCCUGCGCUGCCUGGAGGAGUCGGAGUGGAUUGCUCUGCUCCACAGGGUGCUGCAGGUAUCCGUGCUGGUGGUGGAGCUCCUUGAUUCAGGCUCAUCGGUCAUGGUCAGCCUGGAGGACGGCUGGGACGUCACCACACAGGUGGUGUCCCUGGUGCAGCUGCUGUCCGAUCCGUACUACCGGACGUUUGAUGGCUUCCGACUGCUGGUGGAGAAGGAGUGGCUGUCGUUUGGCCACCGGUUCAGCCACCGUGGAGCACAGACCCUGGGCAGCCAAAACAGCGGCUUCACGCCCGUCUUCCUGCAGUUCCUGGACUGUGUACACCAGAUCCACUUGCAGUUCCCCAUGGAGUUUGAGUUCAGUCAGUACUACCUGAAGUUCUUGGCCUACCACUACGUGUCCAACCGCUUCCGCACCUUCCUGCUCGACUCCGACUACGAACGCAUCGAGCUGGGAGUGCUGUAUGAGGAGAAAGGAGAGAGGAAAAGCCCUCAGGUGUGCAAAUCUGUGUGGGACUACAUCGACCGACUCAACGAGAAAACACCGGUCUUCUACAACUACAUGUUCUCUGAGGACGAGGAGGUUCUGCGGCCGUACACUUUUAACUCCAACCUGAAGGUGUGGGACUUCUACAUGGAGGAGACUCUGUCAGAAGGGCCAUCAUACGACUGGGAGCUAAGGGGCUGGCAGGAGCGCGUGGCAGAGGAGACACUCGAUAAGGCCGACAGCGGCGGCCCCAAAUCGCAGCGCCGCAUCGUGUGGCCGUGCUACGACAGCCUGAGCAAGGUGGUGCCCGACGCCAUCACCAAGCUGCUGCAGGACCUGCAGAGUCUGGAGGCGGAGCUCGGCCAGACGUCCGAGAAGUGGAAAGACACGUGGGAUAAAAUGAAGGCCGCGCAGAGAACUGAGUGCAAGCUGGAGAGCAAGCCAUCGUUCUCCAGCUCUUUGUUGAUGGCGUCCAACCUGAGCCACCAUCGGCGCUCUCAGGGCGUCUACCUGCAGGAGAGCGGCGUAGGAUCCUCUAUCAACCUGGCCAUGGACCACGAGGCGAGCGCCACCUCCACCCCCGUCGCCGGCCGGCCGAGCACCAGCACGCUCUACAGCCAGUUCCAGAGCACGGAGAGCGAGAACAGGAGUUUUGAAGGCAUCCUCUACAAAAAAGGGGCAUUGUUGAAACCAUGGAAACCACGGUGGUUUGUGCUGGACAAGACCAAGCAUCAGCUGAGAUACUACGAGAGCCGACAGGACAAGGAGUGUAAAGGGGUGAUCGAGCUGGCCGAGGUCGAGUCCGUCAUUCCAGGCACGCCGACCAUGGGAGCGCCGAAGAAUAUAGAGGAGAAAGCUUUCUUCGAUCUCAAGACAACCAAACGAGUGUACAACUUCUGCGCCAAGGACAGCAUGAGCGCGCAGCAGUGGAUGGACAGUGUGCAGAGCUGCCUGUCGGACGCCUAGGGAGGAGGCAGGACUCUUUUAUUGUUUGAAUUUUAAAAAAGGGCGCGAUGCACCCAGUGACGAAUGAGCCGCCCGACGGGGCCAAUCCCAGGGGCCUUUCACCACUUAUGCUCCGGGCUGUUGGAUAGUGUCGAACUAAUUACUUUGCGUCACCACGUUUCAGUGUUUUUGUUAUAUAAAGACUAUCAGAAAAAGUACAAAAAAA